CCGAGAGAGCAAGCAAGGAGCCAGGGACGUUCUUACAGCGUUGAGCCAGGACCCAAAAAAAAGAGAAGAAGAAAAGUUGGAAGAUGACUAAUGAGAGGCCCCAAUCUCCACAAGAAAACGCAAUGUUCCUUGAUAUACUGCAUGAGGCUCCCUUAUUUGGUCACCGGAAACCAAGGAGUAUUGUUGGCGGUGUUAUUUUCUGUUUCAUACUGGCAGGUUAUGCUAUAUUGGUUGCAGCAGCUCCUUGGAUAUUUUGGCCUAUAGAGAGUUCCGUCUUACCAUUGCUUUGCAGUUGCAAUGUUACUCUUUUAAUGGUCACAGGCAUUUUUCAACAAUAUCUUGUUUAUCAAGUCCAGAAGAUACGUUUAAAGGGUUAUUAUAGUUUCAGUCAGAAGUUGAAGCACAUUGUUCGCCUACCAUUUGCCAUUACUGUAUAUGGAACUGCUGCAAUGAUGCUUGUCAUGGCCUGGAAACCCAACAUCAGUUUUCUUUCCACCUCUGCCAUACUCAGAAUUAUUAUGUUGGGUGAAGCAGUAUGUUCUGGGUUCUUUAUGAGUGUGUAUAUCGGUUAUGUACACCAGUACAAUUCGUUGGAUUCUCAGCCUGAUGUUUUAAAGUCAUUAUAUUCUCCCCUUCAACCAUCAAGUCCUUUGGAAGAUUUGAGGUAUCAUGAUGGCGGUCGAAUCUCUGACCAGCAAAUGGCUUUACUGCAGUAUCAGCGUGAAAACCUUCAUUUUCUGAGUGAGGAGAUUCUUCGAUUGCAAGAGUGCUUAAGCAAAUACGAGGGAUCUAAUGAUGGAAGCACACCUCAGGUUGAUCUUGCCCAUCUAUUAGCAGCUCGUGAUCAAGAAUUACGAAUGGUUUCAGCUGAGAUGAACCAACUGCAGUCUGAGCUAAGCCUUGCUCGUUCUUUGAUGGCUGAGAGGGAUGCAGAGGUCCAGCGUGUACAAACAACCAACAAUCAGUAUGUCGAAGAGAAUGAAAGGCUGAGAGCUAUUCUAGGAGAAUGGAGCACCCGAGCGGCAAAGCUUGAGCGAGCUUUGGAGGUUGAGCGGAUGUCAAACCUUGAAUUACAGAAGAAUAUUUCGACACUUAGAAAUCCGACACAUAUCAGCUGAAUCAAGUGAGCAACAGGGAGCC